CCAACAGUCCCUGGAUUUUGCCCACCCCUCCUCUUCUUCCGCAAGAAUUUGGACAAUUUCGUUUCUCCUGCUUCCAUUGGUCGGCGGCACCAACACACACAUCCGCGAUUCAUGUCCAUUAGCCCUGCUGUCUUGGAUUCCUCAUCAGAAUUGCUAAUGAAAUCGGAAUUCAUACACCAGAUUUGCAGAUUCUUGGGCAAUUAUUUUUUUUUGCAGAACCGCGUGGUAAGGCUGGGUAGAUCCCAAGCGCACAGUAGAAAAGGAAGAAGGCCAAGGGAUGAAGAAUCAGAUUAAUAAUUUAUGGACUUUUUUAAAUCUUAAAAAUCUUGAUUGAAAUCUUAAAAAUCUUUAUGGAAUUACAAUAAUCCAUAAAUUCUACAAAAUCUAUUGAUUCUAAAAAAUCCAAAACAAUCUUUUAAAAUCUUAGGAGUCUACUAGUCUAGUUAGAAGGAAACUCGAAGCUGGGAAGAAAUGGGAAGAAUGAACUCCAAAUGCCUUUGAAAAUCACAAAGAACCCCAGAAUCAGUGAAGCCCGGGCGUAGACAGAGAUGCCUGGGAUCAGAGGACCAUCCGAUUACUCAGAAGAGCCCACUCGCCAUCCUUGCUUCAAAAUCAAUUCCAAGGAACCCUUCAAUGCUGAGCCGUCUCGUUGUGCUUUGGUUUCAUCUUAUGUGACUCCCAUCAAUCACUUCUACAAGCGAAACCAUGGGCCAAUUCCUAUAAUAGAAGACAUCAACAGAUAUUCAGUCACUAUAUCUGGUCUUAUUAGACAUCCCAAUGAGCUCUUCAUGAGAGAUAUAUGGAAACUUCCCAAACAUACUGUUACAGCUACUUUACAGUGUGCUGGUAAUAGGAGAACUGCAAUGAGCAAUUAUAGAAAAGUUAAGGGAGUUGGCUGGGAUGUUGCUGCUCUUGGAAAUGCUAUUUGGGGUGGAGCGAGAUUGGUAGACAUACUAGAGCUAGUUGGAAUACCAAAGUUGACUAAUUCAACUCCAUUUGGAGGAAAACACAUUGAGUUUGUAAGCAUUGAUAAGUGUAAGGAGGAAAAUGGAGGUCCUUAUAAAGCAUCAAUCCCACUAAGUCACGCCACAAACCCUUUAGCUGAUGUUUUAGUGGCUUAUGAGAUGAAUGGAGAGAUGCUCAAUAGGGACCAUGGCUAUCCGUUGCGUGUGAUUGUACCAGGGGUAAUAGGUGCCCGAUCUGUUAAGUGGCUAGAUUCUAUCAAUAUCAUCGCUGAAGAGUGUCAGGGAUUCUUUAUGCAAAAGGAUUAUAAGAUGUUUCCACCUACAGUUGAUUGGGAUAACAUCAAUUGGUCUAGUAGGAGACCACAAAUGGAUUUCCCAGUACAGAGUGCAAUAUGUUCUUUAGAGGAUGCUAGUGUUCUCAGGAAUGGCAAGAUAAUUGUCAAGGGGUAUGCACUAUCAGGUGGUGGUCGGGGCAUCGAAAGAGUUGAAAUAUCUAUUAAUAAUGGUGAAACAUGGAUUGAAGCCACUAGAUACCAAAAAGAGUGUGUUCCCUAUGUUUCUGAUGAUUCAAGUAGUGACAAAUGGGCAUGGGUUCUAUUUGAGGCAGAGGUUAACCUUUUACACAAUGCUACAAUAGUAGCUAAAGCGGUGGAUUCAUCUGCAAGUGUCCAACCUGAAAAUGUUGAAGAUAUAUGGAACCUAAGGGGAGUACUGAACAACUCAUGGCAUAGGGUUCAGGUGCGAGUGGCUCAAUCAAACCUAUAGACGUAAUUGCUUGACUUCCGCCUAAUGCUGCCCCUGCCAAGUCUUCGCUCUUUCCAAGCAAGAUAAAGAGCCAAAUCUUGCCCGCGUUGUGUUUAAAAGAUUAUGUAUCCAUAUGCGUGGAGUUGCUAUUGUUAGUGUCAUAAAUCAGAAAAUUUGGAGUUGGGGUUUUCUUAAAACGCAUAACUUUGAUUCUUAAAAACAUUGUAUUAAGAUGAUAAUUAAUUUCUUUAUUUAAAUUAACAACCACAUCCUAAAUUUCAGUGUACAGGUAAUUUACCAUCAAGCUAAAAUUGCAGCUUUAAUGUGAUCAAUAUGGUCUGUAUAGAAACGAUAAAAGUACUUUCGUUAA